AUUUGCACUUGUAAUAAAACCGAUAAAAACAGCCCCGCGACCGUAAAAUUUCUCGAAAAUUGUUUUACAUAAAGAUCCAUCCAAUUACGAAGCCACUAUCAAAGCUACUUCGAGGCAGACGCGUGCACACAAUGCAGUAAUAAAGAGGAGACCGUCGCUGUGCAGCGACAAAUCCACGCAGAGUCGGCGAAAAGAAAGCGAAAUCGGCGGGAAUUUGGAAAUUCGCGAGACGACGUCGCGCGAAUCCGACGCCGAAUACCGAAUACCAAAGAGGGGAAUAAAGGAGUCGCAGAAUUUCAAUGUGCAUGUGGGUACUGGCGGCGGCUCGGCUUUGAUUGAGUCGGGCGUAAACAGUCUCAACUGACGCGUGGAAUGUAGUGAUUCGAAAGAUUGUAUAAUUAUUUCUUCGCGCAAGUGUAAGGAGGUUCCUGCCGUCGAUCUAUAAUUGAAAUUUCUUACGCAUCUUGUACGUAUGCGAUACGAUGUUUAUAAAUAAAAAAUAUUUCUAAACUAGCAAAAUCGAUAAAUUCCAUCAAAAAGCUCGUAAAGUCUGCCGAUGUCGCUAGUUUUAACAGAAGACGACGUGCGGUUAGAGGUCACCUCCGUAUGUAUGUUAUCUCGCGUCGAAUCAAACGAGAUAAUUAAAUCCUUUCCUCGUUUCUGCAAACGUCCGUAUAAAAGAUGAUGCAAAGGACUUUUUUCCGCCGAGAGAUUUCGUAACGAUUGCUUAAUAUAGCAGUUUAGGAACCGUUUUAUCCUCUCGUGACACGCGUACACCGCUGCAGGCUGCGCUUCCGCGUGUCGAGAGAAAAAAAGAGAUCCUUUUCGAGGAUACGCCACGUCGGGUUGUUUGUUUUUGGAAUGGAGGUAACUUCGAUUUCGCAAUUUUUUCGGCAAAAAAGGAUGGGAAUUCGAAAGUUCCUUAUCGCUUGCCGAAUUUUUCCCCCCUCGAGCCUCGGAAUAAUGCAUCUAUAAUGGCGCGCGGACGAUUUUCGUGACUUGGAUUUUAUUAAUGGCUGACCUGCGCGAAUGUUUAUUUUUGAAUCACGGCCGUGACUAAUAUAGGUGUUUGCUUUAUUUUGAUUGCUCGAAUUUCGAAAUCGAAGGAAUUUUCAAAUCUCGCAACUAUGUAUCAAAAUGAAAUUCAUUCGGAUUCGAAAAUAUCUUUUAUCAUCGCACAAACACGAAGAAAAGAACGUAUACGCUUUAAAAAUAAGCGUCCCUCGCAUCUAUGCUCACUUUUUACGCUACUCCCAUUCACGAAGAUUAUUUCGAAGUUGGCCUUUUGUUUACCUAAAAAAUCCUUGCCGUCCGUAGAUCAUGCUCUGCGCUGACGUCUAAUCCGACCGCGGCGAACGUCUAAUUUUGAGUCGUGUUUUCAUUGCGAUUAACGCGACGGCGCGCGUUGCAUCGGGCUAUACUGCGGCGGGCGAGUGUUGAUUCUGUUUUUUAGGAGGCGCGUGGGUGCAGGCUCGACCGAUCCGCGGGUUUUCUUUGAUUUAGUAAAUAAAUAAAAGCUGCGUGUGCAGCUUUUCGCUAUAAUUUAAUGCCUUCGCCUCUUGGAAAAAAAAAUCUGUUUUUAUUCUUUCGCGAUCUCGCGAGUGCAAGUGCUAUUUUUGUAAAAUUGGAUCGAAGAGAUAUUUGGAAGAAACUACGUUUUCAUAAGAAACGAGAGUUCUACCGAUGGUAAUCCUAGAAAUGGGCCGAAUCACAGCAGCCGCAGAAGCAGAAACUCAUCGAAGACCCAGAAAAACACCGUAAAAAGGAUAAAACAUCAUCGCCUUCGAAGAAGCUUCGGCAAGCGCACAUGUGUACAAACAGCAAUUAAACCGUCGACUUUCGAGCUUUCGUCUCUCGCCCGCGAGGGCGUGACUACGUACACCGAAAAAUCCAAGAUUCGGAGGGCGGAGCUAAGCUCGCCCGAAGCUUCUACCACGAGGAUGGAUCUUCAGUCGAGUGGCUAAAGCUUUGAUCGAUAGAUCGUGUGAAUGAGAAUUCAGAGUAUACAUCGCGGAAAGCGGAAGAAAGAGUACAUGCGAGCGUUUCGUUACAGAUAUGCUUCUGUAAUAAAGGAGUACGACGAUCGAUUGAGUCAUCAACGUUGAUUCAACAUGGAGCAAAUAUUUCCGAAUUUAUCCUUACUACCGAGUUCCUACUACUACAGCUGUUUCAACGUAGUGCAAGAUGCGACGAAAGUUCAUCAGCAGAUGCCAUCGCCCCAGAUUUCCUGGCCCACUGUACAACAGCGUUGGGAGCAGCUCACUCGUUAUCACCUACACCACCAGAGUCACCAGCCAACGAUCCAACGCUACGAGAAACCCGCCUACUCCUACAUUGCCCUCAUCACAAUGGCCAUCGAGUCGUCCCCGAAGCGUCGACUCACCCUCUCGGGCAUCUACCGCUACAUAAUGGACAGAUUUCCCUACUAUCGAGACAACCGUCAAGGCUGGCAGAACAGCAUCAGGCACAACCUCAGCCUCAACGAGUGCUUCGUCAAGCUACCCAGGGAUAAGGUCGUAGACGGCGAGACGGGCGGAGAGGGUCAGGGAUGCUGCGGCAAGGGAAGCUUUUGGACGUUGGAUCCGUCGGCCAGCGGGAUGUUUGAGAAUGGAAACUACAGGCGGAGAAAGACGAGGCGACAGAUGCAGCAGAGGGUCAAGAGGCUGGGACAGAGCUCGAUUUCCGCUCCAGACUACCUCAAAACCAGCCCCACCAACGUCAACAGCCCCAUCAAGACCAGUUCAAAGUCGAGUCUCUUCACCAUCGACAACAUCCUGAAGAAGCCCUCGCCACCAUCCAGCUGUUCAGUCCGCUGACAGCGCAAAACUAUUUUCGCUUACACGCUCAAAGACACGCGGCAUCUGCGCUUGUGUUUGUUUCUCUUCAAGGCAGGCGGUGCGCAGCCUUUAAAAAUCUCUUCCUGGAAGUUCGAUAAAUCACGCGCCCGCUGUUCAGAUACGAGAGUUGGGAACUGAUGUGGAUCGCGAGAGACGAUCAUUAUUUCAUAGUAUAAGGAACUGCAAGUGAUUUAACUACUAAGUGAGACUUGGAAAUUGUUGUAAAAGUGCAUUUUUCAUACAAGUGGAAACGUGUGGACGAUGUUCAGAUUGACCAACUAGUUAUUGUUAUAAAAAAUUUGAGCUUGCGAAGAUGUCGCAGUUACGCGACUAUAUAAGUGUUUUUAUCCAUUAGCUUUAUUCGUUAGACUGCGGCGAUAAGCGUUUAUUUUUCUUUGACGAUUUCUUUAAGCGCUGUGGUAAACUUUCUCAAAAAACAUUCGUUAAAUUUGAUAAAAUUUGUAAACAAAAUUUUGUUGGAAUUUCGUAUGAUGUGAAAGUAACAAUUAAAAGUAUAAUCAACUAAAAGAACUUUCUUACUAAUUCCUGCUUAGUUUUGCAAUCUACAAGUAAUAAACCGCAAUAUUAAUAAGUGUUAAAUGCAUCGGUCGAAGUAUUUGAUAAAGAAUAAAAAAUGAUAUUUUUGUUAUUUGUUAAAAUCAUAGAACGUCUAGUAAAUCGUCAAAUGUUCGGAUGUUUUAAAGCAAGCUGUAAUCCAGCAGCUAUUUUACGCUUUCUGUAUAUUUAAGGUGGGAGAAUUUUCAAUGAAUUCUUUGAUUACUGGCCAUUUUGGACUACACAGAAGUUCAAUAAAACUGCGCCAACUUUACGAUGACUUUAAUUAACUUUAGCUAUGCACGUUUACUUCAUCGAUAUUUAUUAUUUACAAGUUAAAAAUGUGUAUUACGCUAGUUAAAAUUCAAUAGAUAAUCUUAUAACUCGACACAUUUCUUCUGGUGAAAAUUACGUAAAAACGUAUAAAUAUUAUUGCACACAGGUAUUUCAGAAUUUAGAAAUAAUAUGUGAUGAAAGUAGUGAAACAUUUUGAAUACUGUUUAAAAACUGGGAAAUUACAAAAAUGCAAAAGUCACUCUUCUAUAUACAAUUCAAGAAAAUCAUCUCUAUUAAAAAGAUACAAGAGAUUAUAAAAAAUCAGGUUGAACAAAUGGAAUGUUUCAUGUUUUCACUAUUUUCAUUGCAUUUUAUCAGAAAUUUGUAAUAAAUUUUAUACGUUCAGUACAAAAAUAUUUUCCCCAGGGUAAUCUUACACACGCACAUAAAAACAUGUAAAUUAUUCUAAAAAAAAUGUACACUCUUACAGUUUUGCACCUUGAAAUUUCCACAGCAUCUCGUUGUUUCUAUAACUAUUUGCGCGAAAUUCAAUACAGAUCACACUGGUUAAAAAAAAAA